AUGGGUGUAGUAUUCUCUGAAUACUAUACGCUGCAACUCCCCAACGGGCUCGAGAGGCGAAGCCACAAGGAGUCAGCCCGCCACAAGGAGUCAGCCCGCCACAAGGAGUCAGCCUACAGGCGCCCAGCCCACCACAAGGAGUCAGCCUGCCACAAGGAGUGGGAUCGAACCCCAGGCUGUAGUGAUGCCGCAACACUACGAUGCAACGCCUCCCAGCACAUUUGGGAUGAUGUUAACAACCAGCCCAGCCCGUCCCACAGCCCCCCUGCAUCAGGAGAAGCUGAUCAAGAGGACCAAAGAGAACCAACCAAAACCUUUUCUCACGGUUGUCUGGACUGUGGGAAAGAGUUUUCCCGCCCAUGUGACCUGGUGAGACACCGGAGAGUACACACAGGGGAGAAGCCCUACCCCUGUCCUGACUGUGGCAAGAGGUUCGCCCACUCAGGAGGCCUCCGAGAACACGAGAGGAUACACUCCGGAGAGAAGCCUCACUCCUGCUCUGUGUGUGGGAAGAGCUUCACCCAGAAGGGAAGUCUUAGAGUCCACCUACGGACACACACGGGGGAGAGACCUUAUUCUUGCGCCGUCUGUGGCAAGAGUUACACCCAAAAUGAAUUUUUGAAAGUGCACCAGCGAACACACACGGGAGAGAGGCCCUACUCCUGUUCUGUGUGUGGCAAGGGCUUUGCUCAGAUAGGAAACCUGAAGAAACACCAACGGAUUCACACCGGGGAGAAGCCUUACCAGUGCCUGGAGUGUGGAGCCAGUUUCACCCAGAAGGACAGCCUGAAGAUGCAUCAGAGAUCUCACACGGGAGAGAAACCCUGCGUCUGCCCCGAGUGCGGGAAGGGUUUCCGCGACAACGGGCACCUGAAAGUCCACUUGAGAGUGCAUACAGGGGAGAAGCCGUACUCCUGCCCCGACUGUGGGAGACGGUUCAGCCAGGCAGACGUCCUGAAGAGACACCAGAUGGUGCACACAGGGGAGAAGCCGUACUUCUGCGCCCUGUGUGGGAGGAGGUUCGCCCAGCCUGCCACUCUGAAGUACCACCUCCGGACCCACGCGAGAGAGAACCAGACCGGAGGGCCUCAAUGCUGCCCAGUGUGUGGACAGGACCUCCCUACAGAGCAGGCUCUGAGAAAACACCUACAGGCACACAUGGGGAGGUCUUCAGUCGGCCUGGGGACAGGAAGACGGGGAGGAGGAAGAGAGAGUCCUGUCCGUGGCUCCGGUAGUGAAGAAAGUCCUGCUACAUCAGACAUCAACAAGAAUCCUGGUGACCAAUCCGGAUCCGGAUCGUCACCUGACGACAGAGAGGCCUUCAGUCAGACACUGGGUCCUGACGACAGAGAGGCCUUCAGUCAGACACUGGGUCCUGACGACAGAGAGGCCUUCAGUCAGACACUGGGUCCUGACGACAGAGAGGCCUUCAGUCAGACACUGGGUCCUGACGACAGAGAGGCCUUCAGUCAGACACUGGGUCCUGACGACAGAGAGGCCUUCAGUCAGACACUGGGUCCUGACGACAGAGAGGCCUUCAGUCAGACACUGGGAGGCCUUCAGUCAGACACUGGGUCCUGA